AUGUGGCUGACACCGCGCAAGUGGCUGUUGGCGUAUGACGGAGACGAGCAGGAAGGAGGGACGUGUACAGAGCUGUCUGGUAGAAAGCAGAAAGCGCCUUCAGAAGCCACCCUUUCCUUCCCCGAAGGCCCCCUCAGAACCACAGAAGGCGCUUUGGCGCCUGGCCUGCCGUGGGCCACGGUCACGCAGCACCUGGGUGCUUCCUCCCCCGACUCUGCUCCGCUGCUUCCGGCACCCGUGCCUCUGAUGCGUUACCGGAUCAGGGAAACGCCCUGUGAUGCAUGCGUGUGA